AUGAAAAGUAACUAAGAAUUUGAAGAAGAAGUAGAAAAUUUAAUCAGAGAAGCAGUUUCAAAAAAUAAUACACUAAUGAGGGAUGAGCUAGAAACUACGGGAAAGUCACCAAAAAAAUAGUUCUUUUAAAAUAGAAACAAGAUUGAUAUAAAUGAAGCUUGGAGAGAGAUUGAAAAAUUAUUUGAAAAUUUCUCCAUUCAAGAAAAGAAAUCAAUUGAAAAUCCAAAUGUGAAAGAAGAAUAAAAUGUCAUAGAGUAAAUUGAAAUUUUAGAAACACCAUAACCAAAGUUGCAUUCACUCCAAGUAUAAACUACAAGAACUAAAGAACCGAAUGAAGAAAUGGAGAAGGAAAGAAUUAACUCCAUCGUAACAAGAAGGUUUAAGUUUAAUUUGGACUCAUUUUGUUGA